CCAUUCAAAAUGGUUGACAUGUCCAUUUGACUUCUCUCGGCAUCUUUUAGCGGUUGAACUGUUGAUAGCUUUCAUUCAAACAACUGUUUAUAAUUAUCUCAAUUUAUCAUGAAUAAUUCAACGGCAUUAUUUGCUUGUUCUAAGUGCUUCAAACGUUAUCCUUUUGAGGACUUAUCUUCCGGUCAACAGUUGUGUAAGGAAUGUAGAGGAUCGUAUCCAAUAGUAAAAUGCACCUACUGUCGAUCAGAAUUCCAGCAAAUGAACAAAGUAAACACAAGCACAAUUUGCAACAAAUGUGAACAUAAUGUGAAGCUGUACGGCAAGCCAUCAGCGUGUGAGAACUGCAACAUAAUCGCCGCCUUUAUCGGCAGCAAAUGCCAACGAUGUACCAACUCUGAGAAGAAGUAUGGACCUCCAGUCACCUGUGAACAGUGCAAGCAGAAGUGUGCCUUUGACAGGAAGGAUGACGACAAGAAGGUUGAUGGGAAACUGCUGUGUUGGCUGUGCACUCUGUCGUUCAAGAGAGCGCUGGCCAAAACGAAGCAGAGUGAUGCAGAGAGGAAAGCUCACAUGAAAAUGGUUGCUCAAAAAGCCAACAAAAAUAAGGAACCCAAACUACGCAGCCACAACAAGCGUCCGCAGCGGCCCGACGUGACGAAAAUGGCGGCCAAUCAAGACGGCUCCGCCCCGCAAGGAGGCGGCCCCACCCCCGACGGAGGCCAGCCGCCCCCCAACAAGAUGGCCAGGGGGAGCGGAGGACACCACCACCACCACCGCACCCACCACCACCCCGGUGACCCCCUCGACCCCAACUCGUCCGACCACGUGGUCGCCAUGACCCAACUCAAGGAGCAGAUGGCCAGUCUGCAGAAACAGCUGGCGCAGAAGGAUUCGCUCAUACUGUCCAAAGAUAAGAUGAUAACGGAACUAAAAGCGAAAUUUUUCACCGCCGAACAAGAGCUGCGUGGCCGGAUGAACAGCGAACAAAAGGACUUCGAAAAGAAGAUGGAAAUGAUGGCGUCGAAAAUCAAGACACUGCAGAAAGAGGUGGUGACGCUGUCGAAAUCGUCCGGCAAGAAGACGUCGCUAGGAGGUGCGGCGGCGGCAGCCGCAGCUGCGGCCAAAGAGUCGAGCAAUAACAGCGGCAGCGGCACAGAUUCGCCAUCCAUCACGUAACACGCGGCGGUGGGAACCGCGCGGCUGGGAGCGGAGGCGCGGCUAGAACCGCGCGGUUUGGAGCGGAGGCGUGGUUAGAACCGCGAGGUUAGGUGCGGUGACGCGGUUAGAAACGCGGCGUGUGUGUGUAAGGGUGAGUGUGUAGUGCGUUUAAAGGUUGGUUUUCGUUUGUGCGUAUCCGCGUUUGGCUGCGUAUGCGAUUAGUCAAAGUAUCAACUAUACAAAACGAUAAAUCCUACCUAUUUGUAUCAUAUUCACAAAUCAAAUUUAUUCCCUCAAAAAAUACAACAAAAAUAUCAGCAUUUAAAAAUUAUACAUUAUUAAUUUCACUUAAUUAUAUUCUUUUUCUUUUACAUUUACUUUUUCUAUUCUUUUUCUUUUUCUGUUACAUGCUUAAUAUUAUUAUCUAUAUGAAAAUAAAACAAACCCUGGUGAAUCAAUUUGCCUUAAUAAUAUAGAACUUGCUAGGUUUAAUAAUAUCGAACUAGGUUUAUAAGCCUUGCUAGGUUUUAUAAUAUAUAACUUGCUAACAAUGCUAGGUUUAAGAAUUAUAUGUUAAUGUAGGUAAUAAUAAAUAAUAAAGGGAAAAGCUUACAUAGGCAACAUAUUGCCUCUGCGUAAGCUAGAGUUGAGUUUAUAUUAAGAGUGUGAUAGGAAAAUUUAAAAACGAAAUUAAGGUUUUAAAUGUUAAGGUGCGUACAGAUAUACGCGCCGCGAACAUGAGCAAUUCACUUUUAAUCAGCUGACUAUAUCUGUAUUUUUACAGAAACGGUAAGAUACAGAUAUAAAAAGCUUGGCAUCAGCUGAUUAAAAGUGAAUUGCUCAUGUUCGCGGCGCGUAAAUCUGUACGCACCUUUAGGUAUUAAUUGGAGGAAAAGCUAAAGUAAAGUAAAUAAAGAUAAGAUUGAAGUAUUAAUUAGAGGAAAAUCUAAAUAAGUAAAUAAAGAUGAGAUUGAUGGAAGAUGCUGAAAUUUUAAAGAAGCGGCGAACCGAAAAUCUAAUUCUUUGAAGUUUGAAGAGGAUCUCUAAAUAAAAAAGUAUGUAGAUAGCAUGUUCCGAGCACCAGUCGAAGAGAGACGGGGAGUGCAAGACAACCAAGUAACGGGGCCGAC